AUGGGCCUCUCGGAUCUACCAGACAAGAUGCAGGCGAUUCAGGUUGUCGAGUACAACAAACCCUACGAGAUCCGUACCGUCCCCGUUCCCAAAGCCCUCGGCCCCUACGACCUCCUCCUCAAAACCGCAGUCGGUUCCUACUGCCACACAGACAGCAUGGUCCAAUCCGGCGUCUUCGGGACCUCUCUCCCGUGCACCGCCAGCCACGAGGGCGCCGGCACAGUCGUCGCGGUCGGAGAUUCCGUCAACGACUUCAAGGAGGGCGACAGGGUGAUGGCGGGCUUGCUGCGCAAUGCGUGCGGCAAGUGUGGGGAUUGUUUGGGUCCUGAGAACUAUAGGCAGUAUUGUCGUAAUAGUGACGGGUAUAUUGGAGUUACGACCCAGGGCGCGUUCGCGGAGUAUGUGCUUGUUGAUGCGCGGUGGGCAGCGAAGCUGCCGGACAGGGUGAGCUUUGGCACGGCGGCGCCGUUGGCGUGUGCGGGGUGUACGGUUUUUAGGGGGGUGAUUUUGCCGGAGCUUAAGGCGGGGGAGUGGAUUGCGUUAGUAGGGUCGGGCGGCGGACUUGGACAUUUGGGCAUUCAGUUCGCAAAGGCGCUGGGCUUGAUGGUUGUGGGCAUCGACGCGCGUGACGAGGGACUGGCGCUGAGCAAGGAAGCUGGCGCAGACGUUGUUGUCGAUGCGCGGAAGGGGAAGGACGAAGUCGUCAAAGAAGUACAUAAGGUCACGAAUGGCGAGGGAGUGCACGCCGCGAUCAAUCUGUCCGAGGCGAAGGACGCAGCUGCGACUGCGUGUGCAAUCACGAAGAUGCAUGGGACUAUGGUGCAGAUUGCUCAGCCUACCGAGGUCUGUAUACCCUUCGCCGAGUACAUCUUCAGAGAUAUAAGGGUCCGCGGCUCUCUGAUCUGCUCACGCGAAGAGGCUAAGCGGAUGCUGGAUGUUGUUGCUGAACACAGGAUAUCUGUCAAGACGAAUCCGUUCAACGGGUUGAAUGAGAUUACCGAACUGACAGAGCUGGUACACGGUGGGAAGAUGGCAGGCAAAGGUAUAAUCAUCGUAGAUCCGGAGCAGAUCGAGAGAGAGAAGCAGAGCGAUUUAGAGAUGGUAUAA